ACGAGAAUGGCUCUCUCCAUCUGCGCUGCCUUCGCCACCGGCGCAGCUGCGCUGUCGCCGGCAGCGCUGCCUGCGCCGGCCGCCGGCCGCGCGGCGGUCUGCAUGCAGGGCGGCGGGGCGGCGGCGGGGAUAGGCGGCAGCGGCGGCCCGGGCCUGCAGUGGGGCGGCGUGGAAAACGAUCCCAACUUCAAAACAGCAAAGCUCUCCGACAAGCUCAAGGAGGCUGACAUUGAGCGGAGGCUGGAGAGCGAGGCGAUCGCGGCGCGGGAGGAGGCGGUGCAGCGCGCUCGCGAGGAGCGCGCGCGCAAGGUGGCGCUGCUGACGCAGAUCCCCGACGACGUCAAGGCUGGCACCGUCGACGACUUCAUGUACAAGGAGGGCGUCAAGGACAUCCUCGAGAAGCUCGACUACGACCUGAUCGGGCUGACGCCGGUCAAGCAGCGCGUGCGCGAGAUCGCGUCGCUGCUGGUUGUGGACAAGAUGCGGCUCAAGCUGGGGCUCGAGACGUCGGUCCCGUCGCUGCACAUGGGCUUCACCGGCGCGCCCGGCACCGGCAAGACGACGGUCGCGCUGCGCAUGGGCCAGAUCCUGCAGCGGAUGGGCUACUGCCGCACGGGGCACGUGGUCGUCGCGACGCGCGACGACCUGGUGGGGCAGUACGUGGGCCACACGGCGCCAAAGACCAAGGAGAUGGUCAAAAAGGCGAUGGGCGGCAUUCUGCUCGUCGACGAGGCGUACUACCUGUACAACGCCGCCAACGACCGCGACUACGGGCAAGAGUCGGUCGAGUGUAGGCAAGAGUCGAUCGAGAUUUUGCUCAACGUGAUGGAGAACAACAAGGAGGACCUCAUCGUCGUCCUCGCCGGGUACAAGGACAAGAUGGACAAGCUACCUCCGGCGCGUGCCUGCUCUGCCCUCGCAGGCAUGGCCUCGCGCAUCGGCAACCACAUCGAGUUCCCAGACUACGAGGACGACGAGCUCGUCGAGAUUGGAAAGGUGUCGCCCGGAGCCGCCGAGAGCGCGGAGCCGGCGCUCAAGGACUACCUCUCCAAGCGCAAGCGCAUGCCCUUCUUUGCCAACGCGCGCACGGUGCGCAACGCGAUCGACCUCGCGCGCAUGGGCUCCGCCAUCCGCGUCUUCAACGAGAAGAUGUCUCCCUCGUCCAACGGGAUGGUGUCGGAGGACGAGCUGAUGACAAUCAUGCCCGACGACUUCCCCGCGCCCGAGGACGGGCUCACCGGCAUCGAGGACUAGCCCGCGGGCGCUCGCCCAGGCGGCGCGGGAGGGGCGCCCGGGCGAGGGGGCCGCGCGUGUCGCGCAAUGCCGCAGUCCGGCGCCGGCACGGUCGGCGAGGGCGUGCGCGCUGCUCGUUCCGCCGGCCGGGCCACGGCGUCGCUCGGGCUCGUGGAGAGCAGCGUGGCGGCGGCCGGCGGCCUGUGCAGGCGGGCCCUCCUCUCGCUCGGCAGCGCUCCUUUCGUGCGUCGUGGGUGACACCUUGCAGCAGCUGUGAACGUUUGUGACUUUUUUUGUGUUGUGGGCACAACGCACGGCGACGCCGCGGAGGCAGGUGAGACGAGUCGUGGGUCGGGACUACGGACUUCGACUUUGGUAAGACUUUGCUUUGUUU